UCUUCCUCUCCAAACUUAAGUUUCAUUGGAAACAGAAAAUAGAAAGGAAAAAAAGGAACAAUUUGAAGAUCUCUCUAUGCUUGGACUUCAAGGUUCUUCAUAGAGGCUCUUCACCUAGUUCUCUCAUCAGGUAACUCUAAUUCUACUCCCAAAUAUCCUUUAGAUUUUUUUUUACAUGAUUUCUUCAUUGUUAUAUGCAUUGCUAGAUUUUUGUUAUUCCCACUGUUUAGUCAAAACCCACAUUGAAGUUCACUUAAAUCUUCGCUAAUAAACUCAUUUCUAGUCCUGGGUUUUCCCAGAUCUGACAAAAUUCGGAAUCAUGGGCAAUUUCGGGAUCUGGGUGUUAACAAUCUGCUUGAUAUUUCAAUCUGGAUAUGGGUUUUAUUUGCCUGGUAGUUACCCUCUCAAACAUGUGGUUGGGAAUUCUUUAUCUGUCAAAGUGAACUCCCUAACUUCCAUCGACACUGAAAUGCCCUUUAGCUAUUACAGUCUACCCUUUUGUAAGCCUUUAGAGGGUGUUAAGGAUAGUGCUGAGAAUCUGGGUGAGCUUCUCAUGGGAGAUCGGAUCGAGAACUCACCAUAUAAGUUUAAAAUGUAUACUAAUGAAUCCGAGAUCUUCUUGUGUCAAACUGGUAAGCUGUCAUCUGAUGAUUUUAAGUUGUUGACGAAAAGGAUUGAUGAGAUGUAUCAAGUUAACUUGAUUCUCGAUAAUUUGCCUGCGAUAAGGUAUACUAUGAAAGAGGGUUUUAUGUUGAGGUGGACUGGGUAUCCGGUUGGUGUUAAGAUUCAGGAUGUGUAUUAUGUGUUUAAUCAUUUGAAAUUUAAGGUGCUUGUUCAUAAGUAUGAGGAACCUGAUGUGGCACGUGUUAUGGGGAUUGGGGAUGGUGCGGAGGCUAUCCCCAUGGGCAAAACGAGAUUUGAAGUUCCUGGUUAUACGGUCGUUGGCUUUGAGGUGGUUCCUUGCAGUGUCAUGCAUGAUAGUAACUUGGUUAAGAACUUGAAAAUGUAUGAAAAAUACCCAUCUCCAAUUAAAUGUGAGCCGACUACUGUGUCAAAGCCCAUCAAGGAAGGUGAGCCGAUUGUCUUCACCUACGAAGUUACUUUUGAGGAGAGUGAUAUCAAAUGGCCAUCUCGUUGGGAUGCUUAUUUGAAGAUGGAGGGAGCCAAAGUCCAUUGGUUCUCGAUCUUGAAUUCUCUCAUGGUGAUCACUUUCCUCGCUGGUAUAGUCCUUGUGAUCUUCUUAAGGACUGUUAGGCGGGAUCUGACACGGUACGAGGAGCUUGAUAAGGAGGCCCAAGCAAUGGCGAACGAGGAGUUAUCUGGGUGGAAGCUAGUAGUUGGGGAUGUUUUUCGUGCCCCAUCCAAUCCAGCUCUUUUGUGUAUUAUGGUCGGGGAUGGAGUUCAGAUCCUUGGGAUGGCAAUUGUGACGAUAUUGUUUGCUGCUCUUGGAUUUAUGUCACCAGCAUCCCGUGGAACUCUCAUUACAGGUAUGCUAUUUUUCUACAUGAUUCUUGGUAUUGCGGCAGGCUAUGUUGCAGUUCGUCUUUGGAGAACAAUAAGCUUCGGCGAUCCCAAAGGAUGGAUUUCCGUUGCUUGGAAGGCUGCUUGUUUCUUCCCUGGUAUUGCCUUUUCGAUUCUAACCGUUUUGAAUUUCCUGUUGUGGGGAAGUCACAGCACAGGAGCUAUUCCAUUUUCUCUCUUUGUUAUUCUACUUUUACUUUGGUUCUGUAUCUCGGUUCCACUCACCCUAAUUGGUGGGUACUUUGGGGCUAAGGCACCUCAUAUCGAGUACCCUGUUAGAGCCAAUCAGAUCCCCCGGGAAAUUCCAGCUCAAAGGUACCCAUCUUGGCUGUUAGUUCUUGGUGCCGGGACUCUACCUUUCGGUACCCUUUUCAUCGAGCUUUUCUUCAUCAUGUCUAGCAUCUGGAUGGGACGAGUUUACUAUGUCUUUGGGUUUCUGUUCAUUGUUCUGAUCUUACUCGUUGUGGUUUGUGCCGAGGUAUCUUUGGUGCUAACUUACAUGCAUCUCUGUGUGGAGGACUGGAAAUGGUGGUGGAAAUCGUUCUUUGCAUCCGGUUCCGUUGCCAUCUACAUCUUCCUGUACUCCGUAAAUUAUCUCAUCCUCGAUCUUAAGAGCUUGAGUGGACCGGUCUCGGCUACUCUCUACUUGGGGUAUUCUCUCUUCAUGGUUCUCGCAAUCAUGUUCGCAACCGGCACCGUCGGAUUCCUUUCUUCUUUCUGGUUCGUGCAUUAUCUCUUCUCUUCGGUAAAGCUGGAUUGAAGAAGGUUCUCCAAACACAGAAAAAAUGGCAAAUUGAAGAGGCUUUUGAGGAAAGAAUUCAACCCUUACAUUAGUCAGUCAUCUGUUACCUUGAGCUUUACCUUUUUAGGAAUCUUAAUGUAAUAAAUAAUAAAAUUUUCCCAGUUUAGCUUCAUUCUUUGUUAUACAGAUUUGCAUUCC